UAUGAGUAAUAUCCCACAAUCAUAACAACCACAACAAGCACCAUAAGCACCAUAACCAUAUUAUCCAUAACCCAGUUAUGGAUAACCCACUUAUGCUUAACCCAGUUAUGCUUAACCAUAUGGGGCUCCUCUUUCACCAUUGAGAUAUUCCUAUGCCCCCCCAGUCGUUCAAUAGGUUGUCCCUUAAACCUAUGUCCCUCAAUAAGUUGUUGCUCAACCAGUCGUUGCUCAACAAGUUGUUGCCUAACCAGUUGUUGCUCAAUCUGUUGUUGCAUAACCAACAAUCAAAGGUGAGAGCAGAAUUGAAUAUGUACCAUAUGAGAAAACAGUGCUUGAAUAUGAAGAAGUGAGAUAAAGAAUCUAAGUCCCAAGAGAGAAAUAUGUUACUGAUUAUUACGCAGUUGAAUAUUAAACAGAAUAUGUACCAUAAGUCUUCUAAGAAAAAUUUACAGGUAUGACAUUUAAAAAUUUAAAUUUCCAGAAUAUGUUCCUGUAGAUAGAUAUCAAGAAAGAGUUGAGUAUUAUCCAGUUGAGAGAUAAGUUGUUCAUCAAUAACAAGUCUAAUAAGUGGUUGCCUAACCAGUUUAAUAAGUUGUUACUCAAUCAGUCGUUCAACCAGUCUAAUAUGCUCCAUAAUAAGUCUAAUAUGUUCAACAACCAGUCUAAUAUGCCCCAUAACCAGUCUAAUAUGCUCCAUAACCAGUUUAAUAUGCCCCAGCUCCACUUUAAUAAACAACCUAUGUCCCCCCUCCAGUUGCUAGUCUUCCAUUAGCCUAAACCUAAGUACCAACUAGAACAGUGCCUUAAGCUAGACCCCAAUAACCAUUAGACAGAACUUAAGUAUGACAUAAUUUAAAUAAAAAAAAAGGCUUAAAAUCCAAGACCAAACCCAUAACCAACCCAAUAACCACAAUAGAAAUAAAAGAGCUUUUUGGAUAGACUCUUUGAUAGAGAUUGAUUAUCAUAAUCGUUUAUAUAACAUAUAAGCCAUAUUUUUC